AUGUCUGGCGAGGAGGAUCUCAUUGACUACUCCGAUGAGGAGCUUCAGCCCACCGAUGGCGCUGCGGGUGCGACUGGCGCCACUGCCGCCUCGAACGGCGAUGCCAAGAAGGGAGACCUGACAGUAUCUGGAGCUGGCGCCGACAAAGGCAAGGGCAGUUACGUGGGUGUCCACUCGCAAAGUUUCCGCGAUUUCCUCUUGAAGCCGGAACUUCUCAAGGCCAUCACAGACUGCGGUUUCGAGCAUCCAUCAGAGGUCCAACAAGUAUGCAUUCCUCAGGCCAUUCUCGGGACAGAUGUGCUCUGCCAGGCCAAAUCUGGUCUCGGAAAGACCGCAGUGUUCGUCUUGUCGACUCUGCAGCAGAUUGAGCCAGUCAACGGCGAGGUCAGCGUCCUGGUCAUGUGUCACACGCGUGAAUUGGCCUUUCAGAUCAAGAACGAGUACCAGCGCUUCAGCAAGUACAUGCCAGAUGUGAAGACUGAGGUCUUUUAUGGUGGUACCGACAUCAAGGAGAACGAGAAGCUUCUCGCGAACAAGUCCACGCAUCCACACAUCAUCGUCGCAACUCCAGGUCGACUGAACGCCCUAGUUCGGGAGAAGAAGUUGCGUUUGGGAAGUGUCUCAAGAUUCGUGCUCGAUGAGUGCGAUAAGAUGCUGGAUCAGAUUGGUAUUGCCAACCGCUUUCCAUAUUAUGAUUGA